AUGGCCGACUCGGAAUCAAUGAGUCUCGAUACCAGCAAUGAUGCUGGGGACGAUCCACUACAGGAUCUGUCCGAUGAACAACUUUUUCAUAUGGUUGAGGAUAUGCAAAAAGAAAAUGAUGUUCUUGCAACAGAAACGCAGAUGUUUGAAAAAUACCUCAAAAGAAACGAAACAAAAGAUACCCUGGGGACACCAGGACCGGGUACAGCUACAACAGGUGUUGUUCCAUCAACCUCCAACCAGGAUGUAAUGCGUGGUGUAAACAGGAAGCGGUCAAAAUCUCGGAGUAGUAACAUUGACAAGUCGUCAAUGCGUCUUAACACAGAGCAGAAAUGUGACAUUGCACAAAAAGAAAUUGAUGAACUCAAAGAAGAAAUUGAAAAACUGAAAGAAAAUUGUGAAAAGAUUCUAGAUACAUUCAAGGCGAUAAUGGAAGAGGCAGAUUUGAGAUUAGCAGAGACUAAGAAGGAAUCCUACGAAUUUGAUCGUGAUAUAUUGAAAGGCUCAGUGAAUGCACGAACAGCCACAGUUAUGGCUGAGAAAGUUGUACGGUACUUUGAGGAUAAAUUAAGAUCUCGAGAUGCCUUAGUUGAAAAACUACGUCUGAAAAAUUCAACAUUAAAAGUACAAAAGAAAAAAUUACAUCUACAGCUGAAACAGAAAGAAGAGAUGGGAGAGGUACUACAUGAGGUAGACUUCAAUCAGCUGAAAAUAGAAAACCAGCAGUACCUGGAAAAGAUCGAUGAGAGAAAUCAGGAUCUUCUGCGACUAAAAUUAAUGGCUGGCAAGACACUGCAGGUUCUCAACUCGUACAAGAAAAAGCUGCAUACAUUAACAAUGGAGUCAGAGAGACUUAAAUCAGAAAUUACUGCCAGGAACGACCUGCUGACAAGGAUAGACGCAGAAACAAAGGUGGUGGAAGUGGAACGUGCAAAAGCAGAGAAAAUAAACAGAAAGUUACGCCAACAACUGGCAGAUUACAGAGUCCCAGAGGUGAUGGAAUAUGUCACAGAAAAAGCAGAUUUGUAUGAACUUCAAAAGAAAGUCCGAAGCUGGGAAAGGAAGGUGGAAAUAGCAGAGAUGGCAUUGAAGACCCACAGGAAGUCUUGGAACCAACUGCAGGCAGGAGCCAAUCAGAUGCAAGGGACACAGUGGCGUAUGAUGGAAGCUGUGUAGGCAGAUGUCCUAUAUAAAACUUUAUAAUAACAAGAAGUGAAUGACUCCGAUUAAAUAAUGAGACCUUCCAUGUGAUUGUAUUGUUGUUGAAUAAGCAUUGAUUAGAACUAAGAUAUAUGUGACCUGGAAUCAAGCAUUGUGUUAGGCUAGGUGAUACUAUGGUCUACUAUCAGUUCUGAUUCAGCUGAUUUCACCGGAAAUCCUUAAGAUUUCACUGGAAACCACAUAAGA